GGAGGGGAAUUGGCCUGAGGGGCUGCGUGCGGAGGCGGGUGGUACAGCCUGGAGCAUCCAGCCGCUGGAGCUGCGAGGGACCCUGGACCCCUCCCACGCCGAGCCGCAUCCAGGUUUACGCAGAGCCUGAGGCCAGAAAGCCUAGGGGCUUUCUGCCCCAAGAAGCUGAGGCACCUCCUACUCCCAUCUGAACAAGAGGGGGAUCUGGAAGAAGCCAUCUCAGCAGCUCAUCAGGACGCUAUAGAAAGAAGCAGCCUAAAGCAAUUGACUGACAACCAAUUCCCCCUUCUUUCAGAAGGAAGGAAGGAAGAAGCAAAACCCCCUCUACCAAAGAUGACACUCAACACCGGACAGGAAGCAAAGACCCCUCUGCACCGGCGAGCCAGCACCCCACUGCCCCUGUCCCCACGGGGCCGCCAGCCUGGCCUCCUGAGCACAGCGCCUUCCACUCAAUCCCAGCAUCCCCGGCUGGGUCAAUCGGCCUCCCUCAACCCUCCCACCCAGAAACCUUCACCUGCCCCAGAUGACUGGUCUUCUGAAUCCAGCGACUCUGAAGGCUCCUGGGAGGCCCUCUACCGUGUGGUGCUACUUGGAGAUCCUGGAGUGGGGAAGACCAGCCUGGCCAGCCUCUUUGCAGGGAAGCAAGAGAGGGACCUCCAUGAACAGCUGGGAGAUCCAGCUCUUCCCUCGGUUGCAGAAGAUGUAUAUGAGAGGACCCUCACGGUGGAUGGAGAAGACACCACGCUGGUGGUCGUGGACACCUGGGAGGCCGAGAAACUGGAUAAAAGAUGGAGCCAGGAGUCAUGCCUGCAGGGGGGCAGUGCCUAUGUCAUCGUAUACUCCAUCGCAGACCGAGGCAGCUUUGAGAGUGCCUCUGAGCUCCGCAUCCAGCUGCGGCGCACACAUCAGGCAGACCAUGUGCCCAUCAUCCUCGUGGGCAACAAGGCAGACUUGGCCCGCUGCCGAGAAGUCUCUGUGGAAGAGGGCCGCGCCUGCGCUGUGGUGUUCGACUGUAAAUUCAUCGAGACCUCCGCCACGCUGCAGCACAAUGUGGCUGAGCUCUUCGAGGGCGUGGUGCGCCAACUGCGCUUGCGCCGCCGGGACAGUGCGGCCGAGGAACCCCCAGCACCCCGACGGCCGGCCAGCCUAGCCCAGCGCGCUCGUCGCUUCCUAGCACGUCUGACAGCCCGCAGCGCACGCCGCCGGGCACUCAAGGCCCGCUCCAAGUCCUGCCACAAUCUGGCCGUGCUCUGAAGCCUCCCGCCCUUCUGAGAGUUGGCGGGUCGCUGAGUUGCCUUAUGGGUUCCACGGACGCCACUGCGGGACAAAGGCGCCGUUACCUGGAGUCUGCAUCAUGUGUUUUGCUUGCCUGCUGCCCUGAUGGCCUGAGCAUCCCCCAGAUCCAAGCCUGGGGGACCCCGGGAAAGCGAUGAACAGACAGACGACGGGGCCGAAGCCCCAAGCUGGGCACAAAGUAGUUUUUUACGUGGUGGGUGUCUUUUUGUAAAAAAUCUUCCUUGUCCCUGGGCUCUGGCCAACCCUCAGAAACCCUCACAAUAAACCAGACCAGAAGGAUGUCCCAUCUGAAUGCCCAGACAUCUCUGUCUCGGCUCUUCCAGGCGUCUCCACCUACUGCCCUCCCAUCUACACUUGACUGUAGACUGACUGGUUUAGCCUGCCGGCUGGGUGUCAGGGCCAAUCAAUAAAGUACUUGGACCAA